GGCUCUAUUUAUAAGACAAAGAAAGCUCUCCUACCUGAGCCUUUGCCUUCAAAGACUGUCAUUAUCACCUCUGGUUUCAGCUUCUGUUUCCAUGAUGAAAUCAGUAGUUCUGGCCUUUUGGGCCCUGGCCAUUACUACCUACAUUGUCUCUGCUGCCGAUAAUCAAGUAAAGGUAAAUCAAGUAAAAGGGACAGAGGUUGACUGCAGUAGGUACCUUCGUACAAAGGACAACCGUUUAGCAUGUCCAAGGAACUAUGAACCGAUCUGUGGUACUGAUCAAAGAAAUUACCCCAAUGAAUGCUUACUCUGUGACUCUAACUUGGAGAAAGGAUUGAGGACUAGAAAGCUGUAUGAUGGAAGAUGUGGAAAUUAGGGGUCUUUUGACCCUUAGUAAUUAUGGAGAAUGCUGAGGACUAGGAACAGCAUGGUUCAGAUUUACAAGAAGCUUCCUUGGUUGGACCCCAAAUAUAAUCUUUUAGUUACCUCUCACCAGGAUUAGACUCUGGUCACUGACAUCCCUGACUGCUGAUUUACUACAACAAUAAAUACUUCUAUGCAUGAGC